CCGGCCCGCGGCCAAUCGGCGGCCGCCAUGCUGGGCCGGCAGCCAACGAGCCAAUCACAGGCGGCCUUUGAGGGCCCUGGGUCAUGUGAGCGAGCAAGAUGGCGGCGCCCACGGGGAGGGCGUGAGCAGGGGUUUGGGGACUCUCCUCGGGCGGCCUGAAGCGAUCCUGCUGCGAUCCUGCCCGCUCUGCCCGCUUUCUCCGCUGCUGCGUCCUGCCAAGCCCCAGCCGAAGCAGGCUCGGUCCCAUAGGCCGGGCUUAGGACACAGCCUUCACGUUAUAACAGCAACUUCAGAACUUCAAGAUGACAGGAAGAGAGUUUCUUGAACUAGAUUCUCCACAGCAAAGACUAAUUUUGGAAAGAUUUAAGCGGAUGGAAAUCAUACAAAAGUUGUUCAAUGAGCUUCCUAAAGCAGAUCAGAACCUUUGUAAUCAUGGAAAAUACUUCCUAGCAGCAAAUUCAAGCUUAUGUGGCUUAGCAGCAAAUAAUUUCUUCAGGAGCAUCCUACAUGUCAGAAAGGCUUCCCUGGUGUCUGCUAUUCCAAUGGCUGUUAUUCCGUUUCUUUCAACAGCAGCAAUUUAUGAAGCUUUUGUGUAUGACCCUUUAUUUUCAGGUCAGCUGAACUGUGAGGUCUGUGCUGUGAUCAGAGGAGGAUUAGUAGGUGCAGUUAUGGGUGGUUUCUAUCCCAUUUUCCUGGCUAUCCCCUUGAAUGGAAGCCUUGCAGCCAGGUAUAUGUCAACUCCCUUGCCAGGGAAAGAAAACCUGUUACGCUACUGGCUCACAACUUCUCAGCCUGUCUUCAGAAAGAUGAGUCUGGGCAUACUGGUACAGGCUCUGACUGGAUUAUAUCUUGCCACUAAACAGCACGGAAUAUAUAUCAAAAUGCUGCUGCAGAUGAACAGUAGCAGGGAUCCUGAAGAGCUACCUGAGUGAAGUAAAGCAACUUUUUAAUUGCCUUGGAUAAGUAACCAUAAUAAACAAGAAAAAGAAG